AUGGAUAUGAAGAGGAUUUUUGCCUCAAUUCAGGUAAUUGGCAGCCAGAUCAUAAAAAAUGUUGAAGAAGUGUUGAUCUUUCAUACAAUCAAUCAUAUUGGUCAAGUCAUCGCUAUCUUUGUUUGCACGCUCAAGCCAUCCAAAUUCUCUGUGAAUCUGGCUAAGAUGCUUUUGUACAUCAACUCCGUACUUCUGCUGGCGAUUCUAGCGCAGGUUCUGUCCGACCCGACAUAUGUGGAGGAAUUGCAAGAUUUACUGGAAGACAAAGUUGACGUUCUCGAGCUAGAAAGUUUGAAACAGGAUGACGACAUGAUAAGAAGAGACAAAAUGAGGAAGAUCCACUAUCUUCUCAUGAAGAAGCCACGAAUCAUCAAGGCGCAAUACCAAAAGCGAUUAGAGAUUAAGAAAUUUCUACAUGACGACUGGAUCCAAAGCAAAAUAAUUCGUGCUUCUGAUGAACAGAUUAAGAGAUUCUGGUACGAAAUUCAGCGUCUUGACGUCAACUGGGACAUAUCGGAGACUGAGGCAGCUGAGCGAGAGUUUCAGUUGCUAUCAAACUUGACUGCUCGACAGCGCAGAUCACUGGGUAACAUAUGGCGUUGUUAGGACACAGCUUGAAUCAUUAUUUCUUUGUACUACUAAGAAACUUUUCAGCCAAAUCCUUCGAGAAUUUUAGCUAGUAUCAAUUUUUUGUAAAGGUGUUGUUCUUGCAAGAAGUGGCAAACCUUCGCGUUUGGCAUAAGUUUGACGUAAAAGCAAUUAUUAGCACAAUAAACAGUUCUUGUCCACAUAGU